AUGAAAGAUCUCCGAAGGUACUUGACAUUCAAAUAUAUCCAGUAUCUUGUCCUACCUUCUCCAAAUAUCAUCAUCACUCUGCUGGGAUCAUUUGCCAGUCUUUAUGUCAUGAUGAUAUUGACAUUACCUUCUGUAUCCAGAAAGUCUACUUCAGUGUUUAUUAGUAACAUGGCUCAGGCAGACAUCUUAGUUGGCUACAGCAUUUUUUCUGCCAUGACUCAAGAUGUGAUAAAGAGUGAAGUACUAUCAUCUUCUUUUCAAUUGACCUUGAAGGAGAAUUUCCAGAUUGCAAAUGUACAUGUCAGUUCCCUUUUACUCAGCUGUGUUAGCCUCGAGGCCUUUCUGAUCACUUUUCUUCCAAUACAGACAUGCCACAUAAGGACUGUUAGAUGUGCCAGGGAAGCUACUAAGAUCAUCUGGACCUCUGUAAUUACUGAAUGUUUCUUUUACCAGCUUGAGUGCUUCAGAGACCUUAGUGUUUCUUAUUUUGGCAUCCAUAAGCAAAUUUUGCUGUUGCUAAAUUUUUGUUAUGGAGUCACAAAACUGCUAAAAUUGUCUAUUUACCCAAUUGGACUACUUUUAAGGAUCUUCAAUGUAUAUCUCUUUUAUAAAAUUUAUUUCCGAGCUUGUGAUGGUUAG